AGUGACUGUGUUAUGUCUAAAUACAUAGAAACAAGAGAGAUUUGGGUAUUCAGAGUAUCGCAGAGAUACAGUGAUGAUCGACCAUAAUAACGUUAUCAAGAAAACUCACGAUUUUACGUGUAAACAUAAUAUUACAUACAUUUUAUGUAGGUAUCCACUUUGGCACCAAUACAGAUCAAAUCAAAACAGGUCCAUUUCAUCGACGAUCAUCAUCAGUUUCACUUAGGCCGGCAAACGAACCGGUCACAAAUUCACUACUGCUCUCCAAGAACAAAUUAUCUGCUCCACAAUGACGAAGCUCAUUUUGUACACGCUCCAUGUGAGCCCACCCUGUCGGGCAGUGGAACUCUGUGCCAAAGCGCUGGGCCUUGAAUUGGAACAAAAAACGGUCAAUUUGUUGACCAAAGAGCAUCUUACACCGGAAUUUAUGAAGAUGAACCCUCAACACACCGUGCCGGUGCUAGACGAUAACGGUACCAUCGUUUGUGAAAGUCAUGCAAUUAUGAUUUAUCUGGUGUCAAAGUACGGCAAAGAUGACAGUCUCUACUCGAAAGAACUGGUUAAGCAAGCCAAACUGAAUGCUGCUCUUCACUUCGAGAGCGGUGUCCUGUUCGCUCGUUUGCGGUUUGUGUGUGAACCAAUCCUUUUCGCCGGAGGGUCUGAGAUUCCAGCGGAUCGUGCCGAAUAUGUGCAAAAGGCUUACCAACUGUUGGAGGAUACCCUGGUGGAUGACUAUAUCGUGGGAAAUUCGCUGACAAUCGCGGAUUUCAGUUGCGUUUCGAGCGUUUCGUCGAUUAUGGGAGUAAUUCCGAUGGAUAAGGAGAAGUUCCCGAAGAUCUACGGCUGGCUGGACCGCUUGAAGGCGCUGCCCUACUACGAGGCAGCCAACGGAAGUGGAGCCGAGCAGGUGGCGCAGUUUGUCCUGUCGCAGAAGGAGAAGAAUGCUCAAAAGGCAUAAUUUUUUAUAUUCUUUGAAACUCAUACUCAUAUCUUUUAUUGCAAUUUAAAAUACGAGAAAAAAAAAAACAAAAUAUUUGUUGAUAAAAUAAAAUUUUACUAUCAAUGUA